AUGGUUCACCUUGAGUCUGUGAUAAUUCCAUCCAUACUUCUUGUAUCGCUUACCACCGCUUCUCCAAGUACCCAGAGUGCGCUGCCGUAUGAAGCAAACAGAGUGCAGAAUUUUAGUCAAAUUACUCCAUCGUCUGAUCUUCAAUGGAUACCAUGCUACAACGGCUUUGACUGUGCCAAUUUGAUAGUACCGCUUGACUAUGAAUACAGCAGUACUGGCACCACAACCAUGGCGUUCAUUCGCAAGCUUGCCCCAGGAAACGUUACUCAGGAUCUUCUCUUCAAUCCUGGUGGACCCGGUGGCUCAGGCGUAGGCAGUUUGCUUUCCGGAAUCGGCGACCUCAUCUUGAAUCUCAGUGGCGGACAAUACAACAUUGUCAGCUUCGACCCAAGGGGCGUAAACAAUAGCGGUGUCGAACUGACCUGCUUCCCCGGCCAACCAAACAUCCGAGACGCAUACUGGAGUACUUUCGACGAGCUAUCCCAAGCCUUAAAUCUCGACGAAACCUACGCUCGCGGCCUUGCAAUAGGACAAUGGUGCACAAAAGCCAAUGCGAACACAACUGCACGAUACGCAGGUACCCUCGCCGCAGUACAAGAUAUACUCCACUUUACCACUCUCCAGUCCCGCCUCCGCAACCUCAAGAAUCCCGACGAAUCUCUCGUGAACUUCUAUGGUCUAAGCUACGGCACCCUCAUUGGACAAACGCUCGCAUUUAAAUAUCCCACCCGCGUCGGCCGCAUAGUCCUAGACGGCACCGUCAACGCUGACGACCAUUUCAACGGCGCUAAGCUAGAUGCCGUACGAGACGUCGAUGAAGCAUAUACUUGGUUCUUCAACCUGUGCCACGCUGCUGGACCACAGCACUGCCCCUUCUAUGCUAAAGACGUGAAAAAGCGCCUCGAUAUCCUCUUAUCCAACCUCCAAGUUGAACCAGUCAUUCUAUCCACCUCAACUCCCGCGCCAAAGGUUAUAACCAAAACCGCCGUUCUGGCCGCAGCUUUCCACGUUCUCUACGCUGGUGCUACGGGCUUCCCGUUCCUGGCACGCGGUCUUGCCGCACUCGAAAAAGGGGAUGGAGCGAGAUGGUUGGAGGAAACUCGGCGGUUCCAACGGCCCAGUGGGGCGGCACAGGAGACGUAUGUGUUGGUUACUGGGGCUGACUACGCGGGGAGAAGUAAGGUGAGUCGGACGGGGUUUAGGGAGGUGUAUGAGAAAGUGGUAAGAACGAGUGUGUAUGCGGGACGUGUGUAUGUGCUGGAGAAUUUGGUGGUGGGGGUGGGGAUUGAGGUUGUGCCUCCGGAGAGUCAGGUGUUUAGUGGGUUUAAGGAUACGGAAACUAAGACGCCGAUUUUGUUUGUGAAUCCGUCGGUUGAUCCCAUUACGCCUGUUGCGAAUGCGAGGUAUAUGGCGGGGUUUUUUGAGGGAGCGGUGGUCCUGCAGCAGAAUUCCACGGGACAUACGGUGUUGCCAUUCUUAGGAGAGUGUAUGGCUGGAGCGGGGAGAUGCCGGAGGUGGGAAAGGUGUGUCAAGUUGAUGUGA